GCUCGUACAAGAAUCAAUGAAUAAGAAAUAAGGAUCAAAAUAUUUCAGUUUGUACCGAAAAUAAUAACGAGUUUAUACAUUUUAAAGAUAGAGGAACGUGUACGUAAAAGGAGGCACACAGAAAGUGUGCCUUCACUCCAAGCCCUGUUGCCAAGUGACGAAAACAUGCCUGCACCCCCAGGAGCCAGCCCUGCAAUGGACACAAAGAAAGAUGACCCAGCACAACAAUCUAAAAGAAAGAAAGAACUAGAGAACAUGAGGGAGAACCAGCAAGGUCCCAAGUAUGAAUGGUCACAGACAGAUGAAAGUGUAACAAUGGUGUUAAAGAUUGAUAACAUUACAAAUGAACAGUUACGAGAGAGUGAUGUUACAUUUGCAGACAGUGAUGUCACAGUAACACUUCCAGAUGGUAGAAAUUGGACAUGGCAGCUGUGUGAUGAAAUAUUCCGUGAGGACAGUCGUGUUAAGGUGAAGAAACGAAAGAUGAGUUUGCACAUGAAGAAAAAGAACUCGGUGAUAUGGUCAAAUCUGGAGCACAUUGAACCAGAGGGUCCACUGCCAUCACCUGCCUUCAGUUCGUGCUCCACAGAGAGCCAGGAUCCAGCUGAUUCACCCAGUGUAUUGUCAGAGGACUCUGGUACCCAGCUUCCUGUGUUUAGCACUGGGAGCACCAACCUGUUAGAGGAACAGGACAGAACACAAGAUAAAAGUGGAAAUGAAGAGGAAGAAACUGAAAAUCAGGAGAACCUGAGAAAAGAAGAAGAGCCAGUGGUUGAGCUUCAGCUGAUAAAGCAUGACUUUAUAGAAAAGGAUGAUGUGUUUAUUGUACAUAUUUACGUGAAAGGGGUGAACAAAGAUAACCUGUCAGUAAACUUUGAAGUCAACACUUUCAGCGUCAAGUUUCAGUCAAACAACCCACAAUUUCUGAAGCUUCAUGCUGGGACCACAGAGGAAACCAAGUUUUGCUGGCAGAUAAAACUAAGAGGGGAAAUAAUACCAGAGAAAAGCAAAUUCAAGGUGACACAGUCUUUCAUUGAGAUAACUCUUGCAAAGAGUGUCUUCAGCAGGUGGGGAGAUCUGGAAGCAUUAAAGAGGAAAGAGACUCCACCAUCUACAAAGUCAGACAGCUGGAUGUCAGUGAAUUCUGUGUCUGUAAAGACGGACGCUAGUACAGACAGGGAGCGUAAAACAAUGUUUAAUGAGAUGAAACAGAAUAUAGAGAGAGAUAACCUGAAAGACAAACCUCCAGACGGUGGACUAACAGCAUCACCUAUACAGAAGCCAACAUGUAAAGUUCAGCCUCUGAACAAACAGACUGAGGAAAGAGAGCAGGUUGUAAGGCCUCCAGGAUUCACUGGACUGGACAAUCUUGGCAAUACCUGCUUUAUGAAUGGUGUUCUACAGUGUCUGGUCAAUUCUAGAGAGUUCAGAGACUUUUUCCUUGAUGGAAAGUUUCAGAAUGAUUUGAAUAUAGACAAUGUGCUUGGUAGUGGUGGAAAACUGGCAGUUUGUUUUGCUGUAUUGUGUAAAGUACUGUGGUCAGGAAAACAUUACUCAUAUGCUCCAUCCAAACUUAAGAAUUUAGUUGCUCAGAAGGCAAGUCAGUUUACAGGAUUUGCUCAACAUGACUCCCAGGAAUUUCUUGCUUUUCUUCUUGAUGGACUUCAUGAGGAUUUGAACAGGAUAAAGAAGAAACCAUAUACAGAGACGGUAGAAGAUGGUGGAAGACCAGAUGAGGUGGUAGCUAAUGAGGCAUGGGCUGUACACAAAAAGAGGAACGAUUCCUUCAUUGUGGACCUCUUUCAGGGCCAGUACAAGUCUAAACUGGUGUGCCCUGCUUGCGGAAAGGUGUCAAUUACCUUUGAUCCAUUCCUGUAUCUGUCCCUUCCAUUACCAAAGAGACAGCGCUUGUUACCAGUUACAUUCAUGUGGAAAGACCCAUACAGGAAGCCUGUCAGGUACAUGUUAAAGUUGUCCAAGGAAGCUACAGUUGAAGGUAUGAAGGAAGCUUUACAACGGAAAACUGCAAUUGAUCCUCGUAACAUACGGGUAUUUGAAGCCUAUAAAGGAAGAAUCCAUAAGAUGUUUGGGCGAGGAACAAGCCUCAGUACUGUACAAGCAAAUGAUUGCAUAAUAGCGUGUGAGGUGUUAUCGGAAGAAGUGGCGGGAGAGCCAGUAUAUGAAGUGGCUAUUGUACAGAGAACAUUGAUGCCCAACCAGUUCCCAUCACGCUGUAGCAGUUGUAAGAAGCUGUGUCCAGAGGGUUCCAAACUUAAAAGGUGUACAAAAUGCUUCAAAGUUGGAUACUGUGAUCAAACAUGCCAGAAGAAUCAUUGGCAGUUACACAGGGGUCAGUGUAAAACAACACCAGAACCUGUGGGAACACCAUUUGUCUUGAGUGUACCAGAAUCUCGUGCCACAUUCUCCAAGGUGUGUCAACUCAUGGAAGCUUAUGCAAGAUACUCUGUGGAUGUCUUCCAACCUCCAGUUAAGACUGAUACAACCCCAAAGCUCAGUAGCCGCUCAUCAUCUUCCAACCUCAGUAAUAGUAGCCAAUCAAGUGGCAGUCAAAAUAGUCUCGAUAGCCAAUCGUCUUUCAGCAGCUCUUGCACAAUAACGGCAGAGCAAGAACAAAAUUUAGAGGAUGCAGAUUUAGCACCAGACUGUGAUAGAUUAUCCAGAGAAAUUUCUUUGGACAAUGACUCGGCAAUUUCCAGUCAGACUGGUUUAAGUGGCAUAUCUGAUACUAGUCUAAAAUUCCAGACUGGUACCAUAGAAAGUAAUAAACCAGUUGGAGCUAAGGCAGAAAAGGAUCAUUUGAACAUAACUCAAAGGAGUGAUUCAGGUUUUAGCUCCAUGUCUGAUGUGCACAGCCAGGCGGGGACCAGUGCGUCAGAGGCCAGUAAAAGCAGUACUGCUUCAGGGACUGAUAAAGGUCUGGAAAAAGAGUUUUCCUCUCCUGUUAAACCUGUACUAGGGAUCCAGACUGGGGACACAGAGAGAUCAACUCCAAUGUUCUUUAUAAAACCAGUCACCUCCGAAGGAGUUGGCCUCACAGGGGCUGAUGGUGAAAGGCUUGAGGAUAAAGGUGAUGUCCCCAUCGAUUUGACAAAUAAAUUUUUCUUGUCAGUUGAUUGGAAAAAUAAUGACAAGCUACAGGGAUAUGUUCUAGUACAGUCGAAAGAUAUGGACUUUGACAAUGACAGCAGUAUGAUGACCGCAUCCUUAGAAGAGAGCAAUGUGACACUAGAGCAAUGUCUGGAGUUGUUUACAGAACCAGAAGUACUGAAUCCCGAAGAGGCAUGGUAUUGUCCGUCAUGCAAGGAGCAUAGAGAGGCGACAAAACAAUUGUCUACGUGGAAAUUGCCUCAUACACUCAUUAUACAGCUCAAGAGGUUCUCAUUCCGUAACUUUAUAUGGAGAGAUAAGAUAGAUAAAAUGGUGGAAUUUCCUACAAGAGGGUUGGAUCUGUCUGCAUUUUAUGUUGGAAGUAGACCGAGUAAUGAACCACCUCCGAUCUAUGAUCUAUACGGUGUUGUCAAUCAUCAUGGAGGCAUAUUGGGCGGACAUUACACAGCACAUGUAAGGUGUGCUGACUUAACACCAGGAGUUACAAGUGAAGUUGGUUGGAGACUAUGCGACGACAGUCGUGUGACAGCCAUCAGCCACGAAAAGAAUGUGGUAACACGAGCAGCAUACCUCCUGUUUUAUCGUCGCCGAGAGGUGUUCGUUCCUCCACCUCAAGUUCUAUCUUUGGAUCCUUCUGAGGAAGAAGAAUACGAAUCUGCCACCUCCGACGUUGAUGAAAUGUCAGAAUUCUUGGGUAAUACAGAAGGUGAAGGGAGAUUGAUAAUUGACACCUCUAAAGGUGAAUCUACUGAUUUACCCGAUUUAGAAGAUGCAGAAGCAGAUUUUGAAGAUGAAAAGCUACCUUUAUUAGAAGCGACUGUGAUAUCGUCGGAUGAUGAUCUCGGAUAUACAGACAUGGACUCUGUUGAUUAAAAAUAACAUUCAGGUCUUAUUGUUAAAUUUACUGUUAACCGAAGUUUGCAUUUAAGUUCCUACAAAAAGGUGAACACUUAAAAGGGAACAAUGUUAUGGACUCUUCUUUUUGUACCCGACUUAACAGGUUUGAGCCAUGGAAAGGUUGCAGCUGUAACUCAGAAAGAGACAAUGCUGAUUUUCUCCAUAAAUACAGUUUUGAGAGUUAAAGACUUUAGUGCAGAACUUAACUACAAAACUGAGAUAAAAAUGCAAAUAAGUUAUUGUAACAUAUACCAAAUGACUAAGUCAUAAAAAAAAAAUGUUUUAAUCGCUCAUAUAUUAUGUCAGAGUACAUUCAUUGAAUUUGUUAAUGCUAAUUUAGUACUUAUUCCAUGAGAAAAAAAUGUUAUUUCACGUUGUAGUAUUUUUGUAGACAGAAGAGGAACUUGAAUUUUUUUCAGGAGUAUAGCUGCAGAGGGCAUUUGUAAUUUCAGUGCAUUAAUUAUGAUGUUCAAAUAACUUUUAACUAGGUUUUACUCAGGUGUGUGUACUUCAUAAUGUUGGGGUUCAUUCAAAUUACCAGAUUAAUUAUUCAGUGCAAAAGCUGCGCGGCAAUUAAAUCAAAAGAUUUUUCCAUAACUUCUAAACAGUAAGAAUCCAGCACUAAUAUCAACUCUGAGUGUAUAUUCUGAAGUUUCAAAAUAUCAACAGCUUAGUCAACUCCUACUUUAAAGAAAAAAUUGAUUCUAGCUUUCACAUCUCUACCAUAAACAUUUUUACCUUUCAGCCAAUAAUUAAAUAUGUAAAAAAAAAUCUCAUUCUUUCAGGUGACUAACCUUUAUCCAGCAGGCGGUAAGUGAGUCUGUCUUUUGAAUGAUAGACCAAUCCAUUUUAGAAAUUUAGCAGGAUGAAGGUUAAAAAAUAAAUUCAGGUACUCUGAAAUCACUGAUGUUUGUAGCAGACUUUUUUGUGGAUGGGUUGUUGAAAUUGAAUCCUAUUAACUAAAAUAAAAUUCUUAUUAAUUUUUCAUCUACUUGAAAUUUCUUGAAUUUGUACUUCGAUGAAAUAGCUGUUUUGAUUAAUUUGUUAUAAUAUUUAUGCCUAGGACGAUAAACGAAUCUUUACUCUUAAGUGAGCUCUGUAUUGCUUGAAAUUUUUCACUUACUUAUUUAGUGUACUUUGUCAUAGGUAAUACAACUCUUAAGGUCAUUACAAAGUUAUCCUAUAAAGCUGUUAACUGUAAGAAGGAAUUAUCACACCAUAUUUUCCUCUCGUGAUUUAUACGACAUUUAAAUGUGCCAUCUACAACAGCUUUAUCAUAGUGUUUGUUUUUCAGUUUUUGUGAGAAGGUAUUGUCUCAAACAUGUUUUGUUGCCAGAUAAUCUCGCACUACUUUAACACAUUUCUAGACAGUAUCAGUUUACACAAGAAGCUCUGUCAUCAGUGGUAUGAAUGUGUGAAAUCACAGACUUUCAGGUUUAAGAACAGAAGAAAGUAAAAAUGUCAAGGUAGCAUCUGCUUAGUGUUAUCUUUUCAGCUCAUUUACACUCAUUUUGUGAAGCUUAGUUAGAGCUAGGAUUUCUCAAUCCUUGCUUAGUGCUAUUCAUAAUACUAGCCAGUGCAAGGGAAUAUAUAAAACAAAAUCCCUGUGAACAGAACUGCUUACUGAUAAUAAAUUUGUAACAUAGUAAAAAUGACAUCAUAAAAUAUCAAAACUUAAAAGAAGGGCAUUAUUUCAUAUUAUUUCAUUCCAUGAUUUUCAUUUGAUGAGGUUCAAUCAUGUAACUUUUAAAUUUAAAAAUUUAAGUAGCACAUGUUACAUUGUUUUCAGCUCAAUUCCUUAAUGCACUAGCUAAACAUGAGAUUUAUAAACAGGGCAUUUCUGACAUUUUGAGUGUAUGUUUUAGAUUGACUAUUUGAUUUUUUUUAAAAUAUGAGACCCUUUGUUGUCACCCUUUCAUCGGCAUCAACGUCAAUGUUUUGCAUGGAAGCAGGUUUCUCAAAAACUGCUGCCAAAUGCUUUUAAACCACACUCUGUUUGGCAUCAUGAGAUGACUUCACAGGAUGAGCUACAAACCCCACUGACGUCUUUGAAAUUAAGUGACCACACAGAGCUGGUUAUAUAACCCCGAGUUUUAUUUUAGUAAAAUUAUGCCGCUUUUUAACAUAUAAAAUUUUCUGAAAGUUUUGCAUGUAAGCAUGUUUCGUAGAAACUACUUGACCAUGUGUUUUCAAAUUGUACAGACAUCUUUGGCAUCAUGAGAUGACCAUUGGCAGCUUUAACACCUUUGGCUUAAAUUUUGGCACCACUGUGCCCUUUUUGCACUUAGAAAUUUGGUUUAAAGCUUUGUAUAUAAGCAGGUUUCUCAGGAAAUGUUGUACUAAAUGCUCUCAAAAUUUUUGUAAGUCUUUGACACCAUAAAAUGACAAUUCUGAGACAGUUUCAUAUCUCAAAAUUUAAUUUUACAAGAUUUUGCCUUUUUCAGUUUAGGAAAAUUUGUUAAAGCUUUGGCAUAUAAGUUAGUAUUAGGUGGAAAGGCUUCAAAUAACCAAACACUGUUAUUAGACAGCUCUUUUUUAGCUCAUCUGAUUUUUUGAAAAAAAAUGAUGAGUUAUUGUCAUCACUUGAGCGGUUGUCGGCGUCGGCGUCGGCGUCUGCGUCGGCGUUGCCUGGUUAAGUUUUAUGUUUAGGUCAGCUUUUCUCCUAAACUAUCAAAGCUAUUGCUUUGAAACUUGGAAUACUUGUUCACCAUCAUAAGCUGACCCUGUAUAGCAAGAAACAUAACUCCAUCUUGAUUUUUGCAAGAUUUAUGGCCCCUUUUGUACUUAGAAAAUAUCAGAUUUCUUGGUUAAGUUUUAUGUUUAGGUCAACUUUUCUCCUAAACUAUCAAAGCUAUUGCUUUGAAACUUGGAAUACUUGUUCACCAUCAUAAGCAGACCCUGUACAUCAAGAAACAUAACUCCAUCUUGCUUUUUGCAAGAAUUAUUGCCCCUUUUGGACUUAGAAAAUCAGUUUUCUUGGUUAAGUUUUUAUGUUUAGGUCAGCUUUUCUCCUAAACUGUCAAAGCUAUUGCUUUAAAACUUGCAACACUUGUUCACCAUCAUAAGUUGACCCUGUACAGCAAGAAACAUGACUCCAUCCUGAUUUUUGCAAGAUUUAUGGCCCCUUUUGGACUUAGAAAAUAUCAGAUUUCUUGGUUAAGUUUUAUGUUUAGGUCAACUUUUUCUCUUAAACUAUCAAAGCUAUUGCUUUGAAACUUGCAACACUUGUUCACCAUCAUAAGCUGACCCUGUACAGCAAGCAACAUAACUCCAUCCUGCUUUUUGCAAUAAUUAUUGCCCCUUUUGGACUUAGAAAAUCAUUUUCUUGGUUGAGUAUUAUGUUUAAGUCAACUUUUCUCAUAAACUAUCAAAGCUAUUGCUUUAAAACUUGCAACAGUUUUUCACCAUCAUAAGUGGACACUGAACAUCAAGAAACAUAACUCUAUCCUGCUUUUUGCAAGAAUGAUGGCCCUUUUUAGACUUAGAAAAUCAUGGGUAGGACAAUAUUUCUAUUACACAAAAAAAAAAAUCAGAUGAGCGUCAGCACCCGCAAGGCGGUGCUCUUGUUUCCAGAAAUUAUUACUGAACUCUUAAUUGAAAUUUGAUUUGUAUAACUAAAGCUUUUGCUGUCUCUCCAUCAACAUUUCUGUUGUUUUUUUUUUCUAAGAAAAAACAAAUUGGCCGGAUUUCCCUGAAACUUCGCAAUAUUGAUUGGUAUAAAGCCUAGUUGUGCAGGUCAUUUCAUAUUAAUUUUUGUGGAGUUAUGGCUCCUGAAAGGUUCUCCUACUGCUUCUUUACUGUUUGAUUGGAUGUGAUAGAUUCAGAGGAAUGAUCAGUACCAAGUCAUGGGUUUAUGGUUUAAUGAUUUUUCACUUGACUUAUGGCUCUUAAUUAUACAUUGUCUAUGUAGAAAUUCCUGUCGAUGCUUCUACUAAAAAACCCCUGGAUUUCAGUAAAACAGAAGUGAUUGGUAUGAAGCCUGUUCUUGCAUAUUGGCACUUUUCACUUGGAUUAUUUUUUGUGGAGUUAUGUUGUUUUAUUGGAACUUAAUAGGAAUGAGCAGUACUAAGCUUUAUUGCACAUAUUUUACAGUUAAAUGAUUUUUAACUGAUUUAUGGCCCUUUGCUUAUUAUACAUAAAGCUUUGGUAUAAAGCCUAGUUCAGUAGAUUCAUCUCUGAUUUUCCCCCCAGAGUUAUGGUUCCUAAAGAGGCAUUUUUCAGUGAAAUUUGUCCAGACUACUUCUGUGGUAUACUGCUGAUUGGAUUUUAUUUCCAAUUUAAGCUUAUACCCUUAUCAUCCAUGUUGUUGAUCUGCGUUCUUUCAAGAUGUGAAAAAAGGGAAUGGUGAUGUAGAGGUGAUGGGCUAACAUCUUCUUGUGACACUAGUACAAGGUCCAAGGAUAAAAGUAAAGAAACCAGUCUCAUUCCUCCAACAUUUGAUUGGUAGUUUCUGAGAACAAAUUGGAUAUUGACCAAUGAUAUAGAUGUUGUCUCAGACUGGUCUCCAAGUUCUAUUUUUAACCUCAGAGUCUGGUUUUUCCAGGAACCAAACUCGAGAGUGGUUCAAAUAAGCUGCAAGCUUUCAUUACAACCAAGGUAAAAUGAUUUGGUAUUAACUUGAAGAUAUAAAAAGGAAGUAAUGUUUAACAUCCCAUGGAAUCAAAAAGUUCAACCUAAUAUUUGUUAAACGUAUUAUCCCUUGUUAAUUAUACUGUAACUAUUGGCCCCUCUGUUUUAAAUGCAAGUUGUGGUUUUUAAAGUGCAAACAAUUUAUGUUAUAUAUUUUUAGCUUGACUAUUCAAAGAAUAAGGAGUGCUAUCCUACUAUGCAUGGCGUUGGCAUUUACAUCACACCUUGGUUAAGUUUUACGUAUCAGUCCACAUUUUGACAAAACCUUUUGACAUAUAGGUUUCAAACUUUCAACACUUGUGUACCAUCACAAUGUCCAGUCUUAGGCAGUUUAAAUCCAUGAAGGAUUUUGUCUUGAUUAUGGCCCCUUUUAACUUGCAAAUCUUGGUUUUUCGUAUCAGUUCAUAUUUUGUGUAAAUUGUUUGACAUAUCGCUUUGAAACUUUGCUUUGAAACUUUUAUCACUUGUUUAUUAUAACUGUCUAUAUUUGUAGGCAAGAUUACAUAACUCUGUCAAGUAUUUUCAGUUUUGGGUGAAUUAUGGCCCUUUUUGAACUUGGAAAAAGGUUCAGUUUUCAUACAUGUCCACAUUUUAUCAAAACUAUUUGACAUAUGGCUUUGAAACUCUGAACUCUUGUUCAUCACCAUUAAUAUCUAUCUGUAGUCAAAGGUUUGUAACUCUGUCAAAAAUUUUUGGCUGAAUUUUGACUCUUUUUGGACUUGGAAAUAGUUAAGUUUGAUGUACCAGUCCAUAUUUUGUCUAAACUGUUUGACAUAUGGCUUUGAAACUUUGAUCACUUGUUUACCAUCUUAGUCUCCAUAUGUAGGCUAGACUACAUAACUAGGGCAAGGAUUUUGGCUCAUUUAUGGCCCUUUUUGACACAGAAAUUAGAAAUCUGAAAAUCUCUGGUAAUAUUUUGACCCCAUACUUGCAUCAAUUCUUCGAAUAGUUGAGCGCGUUGUCAACUGACAGAUCUUGUUUGAUAUUGUAAUGGCGUAUAGGAACUUUUUAUACAUUGAACUUUUGUGUUACAAUUUUUUGUUACCAAUUGCUGUUGGGGAUAGAUUUGGAAGUAAAAUAUUACUUUUCUUUAAAAUGAUGAAUUAACUGUUCUAAGUAAAGAAUUUCUGAAAAUUGUUUAUGGUUUUGUUGAAAUAUAUUGCUUGUUGGUUGAUGUUAAUAACAUCAUUUUUAUACGCGCGUCUCUGAAAUUAUGUGAACACCUGUGGUGGUGGUGGCUGGCAGGCGGUCAUCGUCCAAAAUAUGUCCGUUCUCUAAGUCAAACAGUUUUCAUCUGAUCUUCACCAAACUUGCCAACAAUAUUUGUGGGCAUAAUAUCUCGGCCAGGUUCAAAAACCAGCCAAAUCGCCCAAGACACUUGGAUUAUGGCCCUUAAAUUACUCGCAAAACAGCGAAUUUAGCCUUGUCCGCUCUCUAAGUCAAACAGUUUUCAUCCGAUCUUCACCAAACUUGCUGACAAUCUUUAUGAACCUAAUAUCUCGGCCAAGUUCGAUAACCAACCACAUCGCCCAAGGCACCCUUGAAUUACUCGAAAAACUGCCCACACUCUAAGUCAAACAGUUUUCAUCCGAUCUUCACCAAACUUUCUGACAAUGUUUGUGGGCAUAAUAUCUCGGCCAAGUUUUAUAACCAGCCACAUCGCCCUAGGCACUCUUGGAUUAUGGACCUUGAAUUACUUGAAAAACUGCGAAUUUAGCCUUGUCUGCUCUCUAAGUCCUACAGUUUUCAUCUGAUCUUCACCAAACUUGCUAACAAUGUUUGUGGUCAUAAUAUCUCGGCCAUGUUCAAUAACCAGCCAAAUUGCCCCAGGCACUCUUAGAUUAUUGCCCUUGAAUUACUUGCGAAACUGUGAAUUUAGCCUUGUCCGCACUCUAAGUCAAACAGUUUUCAUCCGAUCUUCACCAAACUUGCUGGCAAUGUUUAUGGGUAUAAUAUCUCAGCCAUGUAUGAUAACCACCCAAAUCGCCCCAGGCACUCUUAGAUUAUGCCCCUUGAAUUAGGCAUUCGAUGACGGGCGUAUUUUUUGACAGUCUGGCACUCUUUUUUUUUUACGUUGUCAGUAUUUUCAUUAUCAUGUUGAAAGUAACCAUGUUUCAAAAUUAAGGCCAAAACAUUUUUGAAAUGUCACUACCUAUAGGAAAAUGUUGCUUAUAUAAAAGCCUUCCUCUUUUUUUUUAAAAAUUAGAAAUUAUGUCACAUUUAUUUAUGGUUUUUGUUACUGAUACUGUUAUUUAAUGUCUCUGCAGUAAAAGUAGUUUGAAAUGAGA